AUGAAAUCUAUGAUUGAAUAUGACUUCGAAGUGGGGUAAUCUGUGCUUGACAGAAACUCUUUAAGAAUACUUGAUUUGAAUUGUGCAGAUUUAAACUUAAAAGCGAAUUUCGAUGAUUAGCAAACUGCUGUAGAAUCUCUGAACAUACUAGGAGAACUAUAAAAUAGAUGUAUUUCUUCUAAUAUAAAAAGUCUAAGUUUAAAUCUAACAAACUCAGUUCAGUAUCAAUUCCUUGGGCAAUUGAGCCAGAUUUAUAGUUUGAGUAAUGUAUAGAUAACUAAGUCAACUCAAAUACAGCUUCAGAAUUUGCUAAGUCAAAAUUAAUUCAACAUAAACACUCUAGGUAUAACUUUGCCUAAUAACGGGUUUAAAACAAAGAUGGACAAUUAGAAGUCACUUUUGAGUAAUCCAAAUUUAAGACAUUUACAACUUAUCUUUUAAUCAGAUCUUAAUGAAUAAUUUGAAGAUAUAACUAAAUUACUAAGCAAGAAUAAAACCAUCAGCAGUCUACUUUUAAACAUGAAUUAGUUUGAGUAUACUAAAGAUGUCAAUCUUUGCAGAUUUAUUGGCUAUAGUGGAAGACUAAGCAAAUUAUAGUUGCAUAACGUGCUAUUUACUAAUAAGAACAGCUAUAUAUAAUUUUUCUAAUAUCUCUCAUAGAAUAGUUCAAUCACCCAGUUAGAAAUUGCUAAUUGCACGAUGUAUGAUAAACUUAGACAGACCUUCUUUAACUGUCUAAAUGAAAGAAGGUGGCAACUAUCCUCACUAAUUUUGAGAGACUUAAUCAUUGAUAUGAGUAACAUAUUAGGCCUUACACUAGCUAUUUAAAAAAACAAUUUACAACAUUUUGAGAUUACAAACUUCCUCAAAGAUAAAUAAAAAAUGCUGCCUGUAUAAGAUAUUUUCACAUCUCUUAUAGAUAAGAAAUCGUUAAAAAGAUUAGUAAUAAAAGAUCCUUAGUUGAGAUUAGGAGAGUUAAUCACAAAGCAGUCUUUAUUGAUGUUUUAGUCGCUAGAUUAUCUUGAGUUAUUUGAACUGUAAAGUGAAAAUUAUGAAGACAUAUUUGGAUAAAGAACUAAUAAAAUCAAUUUUAAUACCUUGACUUUAUAAUCGAAUCAAAUAGACAGAUUUGCGAUUAAUAAACUCUUUUUUGAUAUUUCUUCAGGCUUAAUUAAUAUUUAAAAUCUAAAGUUAAUGGGAGGCUACCUAGAUGCUCAUUUAUAGAAGCUUUCAUAUGUAUCAGGGAAAUUAAAAUCUCUUGAUUUGUCUCAUAAUGCAUUAACAGAUGAAAGCUCCUAGAUUAUAGCAUUAUUUUUGAAAAAUUCCACAAGCCUUAAUAAAUUAGACAUUUCUGAUACUGCUUUGACUGAUAAAGGGUUAAAAAUAAUAAUCUCUGAGAGCAUAUAGAAGAAAUAAAAAAUAGCUCAUUUGGGUAUUAGCAGCCUUAGUAUGAAGAAAAGUGGGCAACAAGUUUUGUUUAAAUCACUCUAGCAAUCCAAUCAUAUUAAAAUUGUUGACUUGUAAAGUAUAAUCAUCAGGGAAAUCUAGGAAUCUUAAGAGCUUCAGUAUUUUCUUAAAAUAAAUCAAUCUUUAACUGAAAUCAAGUUGCCUAAAUUAUAAUUUGAAGAUAGUGAUGACUAAGACUAAUGUGCCUAUGAUCUAUUCGGAGUACUGAUUAACCAUAGAACUCUAAUAUAUGCAACUUUAAUGUUCUUUUACAGAGCUCUAAAAGUAUAUUAGAGUUUUGUGAAAUAAAAGCUUGAUGUUUACAAUUUUAGAGUUCAAAGUAUUAGGAAACUAACUGUAACCGGAAUCAAUCUAAACUUUAUAAUUGAAUCUUAAGAUUAGGAAGAAUCACAGAUUGUUAGAGAAUUCAUUGAGGAGAAUCCUGAUGUGUGGAUCUCAAACGUUUAGUAGGUUAUAUCUAGUAGAAGGGUUUCGUCAUUUUCAGGAAAACUAAGAAGAUGA